AUGGAGGGUGAUCAGGAGGAGCGUACAUUUUUGUUUGGCUAUCAACACACCCGAGGAUAUGGUAGCUUAUCGAAUCCGCAGACUUCUACGAAAGCUUACCGGACUAUAGUGCAGCAUCACAUUGGACCGUAUGAUACCCUUCAGGGACUAGUAUUGAAGUACAAUACUUCGUUAGAAGGCGUUUUGCCUUUGUUGAUUCAGAUGAGUGAAAUCAAACGCCUGAAUCGGUUGUGGUCUAAUGAAAGUCUUCACCUUAAGGAAUAUGUGGAUAUUCCAAUCUAUGAUGAAGUAUCAGAGCAAUUUCCUAAUUCUGCACGAUCUCUCACUAUAACGGGUAAUUCACUUGACAAAACAUCAUCAAAGUCAAAAGAAAUGGAUAGUGAAAGCGUAAAUGAUAUCUUCAAACGUAUCGACAUGAAUAUCAGGAAAACUACAGAUAAUGUAUAUAAGUUAGCGAAAAGUUCAGUGUAA